AUGCUUGCCGUCCAAGCACUCAAUCGCUUUGUUCACGCCAUUGAAGAAGGCGCCGCCCCCAGCGAAUUUUAUGAAGACAUCCAACAGGCCUUUGAGAUGGUGAGAAGAGAGAAUGAAAGGAUUUCACCUAGACUGGUCGAAAAAAUCUGCAAUUAUUUCCCCGGAGACAUUGGUAGCUUGAACAGCAAAGCGUUGCUCUUUGAUCAGGAAGGUGGGAAUUUUUUGAAGCAUUUUUUUGGGAUUUGUAGAUUUGGAAUACAAUUUUGGAAGUUUUUGGAGAGAACUGAACGCGAAUUAUCGAUUUUUUUAUCGAAAAAUUUCGAAAAUUCGAUUUUUUUUUAAAGUUUUUUUUUGAUUUUUUAAUGGUUGAUUUUGAAGGAGAUUUUGAUUUUUAUAAAAAAAUAAUGCUCAAAUUUUUAUGAAAAAAAAAUAAAUUAGAAAUUUUUUGCACCUCUUAAGCCCCAAUUUUCUGAAAAAAAAAUUUUUUUGGGUUACUGUAACAAAAAAUCCAAAAAUUUUUUAUGAUGACAAUUGAAUUUAUGACCACUGAUGAUCACUUAUGUUCAUUUUGAAGCAAAUCUGAGCUUCCACCUUUGAAAAAUUCACGUUUUUCUAACCUUAUCUGACCUUCAGGGCUGAUUAUCCAAUCGGUCUGCACUUACACGGAAAUUUUGCGAAGUACGGAUGGACAAGUAGAUGUCCGAAAUGACUUGGAAAAUAUUCGAACCCACUUUUUCGACCAAUGGCAUUGGAUCAUGGCCAACGAUCGACGAAGAAAUCGCGCGUUUUUCGAGGGAAUUCGAGAAAUUUUGGGGAUUUUCAAGGAAAAUUCGAUGGAAUCAGGGUAAGAAAGGGGAUUUAUAGGUGAAGUUGGGUUCUAAAUUUUUUUUACAGACCCCCUGAGGGGAUUUCUGGGGUAAAAUAAUACUUUUUCGAAAAAAAAAAUUUUCAAAAAAAAUUUUUUUAAUAAAAAAUUUUUUUCCUGAUUUUCCAAAAAAUUGUCUAUUUUCUAGCAGAUCCAAAGUCAACAUUCUCGAUUUGGGCUGCGGAAGUGGUCUGCUCACCGUGAUGGCCGCAAAAAUCGCGAAAGAAAUUGGCAUGGACACAAAAUUCAUAUCGGUUGACUCGUCCCGCACUUUCGGAGACCUCGCUAAAAUUACAUGCCAAGAAAAUGAAGUGGAGUCGGAGGUGCGGACAGUCGAUUCGAGAGAGAUGGAAUCGCCAUCUGAAGCGAUCAAUCUGGUGAUUUCCGAAACUUUGGACUGCGCAAUCUUUGGUGAGGGCAUUUGCUCGUCGUUGUUGGAUGUGCAUAGGAGAAUGAGGGUGAGUUUUUAAGCUUUAAAAAGGGCGAUUUUUUGGUGAAAAAGGGGUAAAUUUUGGUCUGGGAUAAGUUUUGAAUUUUUUUUUGAUUUUUUUUUAAUUUUCGAAAUUUUUUUAUUUAAAAAUCUAGAGAAUUUGGGAAUUGAUAAUAAUAUUUUGAUAAGUAUAAAGUUGAAAUGGGCAAAUUGACCCGUCAAGUUGGCCAAAAUGACCGGUCGAAUGGUCAAGUUGCCCGGGCAAAUUGGCCAACUUGACUAAUCAGACCUGAAAAAUUGUCUAAUUGACCGGUGAAAUUUCCAGUCACAUCAAAAGAUGCGGAUUUCGGGUAUUUCGGGGCGAAGUUUGGAAAAAAAAUUUUUGGUAAUUUUCGAUCUAAAAAUCUCAAAUAUUUGACAUUUUUCUGCAAAGCGCGAGCUAAAAAUUAACGAAUGUCCUUGAAAAUUAGGAUCUGUGUUUUUUGCGGCAGUUUUUUUUCCAACAUUCGACAAACAAAAAUUUUUUUUGAGAUUUAACAAAAAAAUUUUUUUUGGUCAUCAAAUCGCCCAAAAAAUUCCAGAGCCCCGGCGAAUUUCGUGUAGUCCCCCAAACAGCGAAGCUUUUCGUCCAACUGAUCUCAUCCGCCACAAUCAAAAAGAGUCACUACCGAGACAUGGGCGAUUAUUGCCUCAUUUCCCAGGAGACCUAUCGCAAUUCCCCCGCUCCGCAACAAGCCCCGUACGACUGCGAGCGAAUGGAGAAGAUCGAAUAUCAGCCGCUGUCGGAGGGCGUUCCAGUCAUCGACAUCAAUUUUGAGGACCCAAAACAACUCGAAGCGGUGGUGGGGAACGCGGUAAAUGGCGAAUUUACUGUGACAACAACCGAAGAAGGCGAGGCCACCGCACUUAUGGCUUGGUUUUUGUGAGUUUUGCGAUUUUUUGGGGAAAUCAAAUUUUUUUUUUUUUUUUUUUCUUGAUUUUUUUUAAUUUUGCACACACGUCGGGUAUGGACUAAAUAUCAAUUCCUGAAAGUUUUAGCUCGCGCUUUGCCGGCGCCGCUGAGAUAUUGAACUAUCUUUGUCCGAGAGAGUACGCUAAAUGUGGAGAGCGGUCAGAGAAAAACACUUUUUGGCCAUAACUUUGCCAGUUUCGUACGGAAAAAGUUUAUUUUUUGUGGAAACAUUACCCGUUACGGUAGAAAUAGAUAUUUAUUUUUUGGUGCCGAAAUUCGACGAAAAGUCUCAAAUUUUUGCCGACUUUUGACCUAAAAAUCUCGGUUGUUUCUGCAAAGCGCGAGCUAGGAUUCUCGAAUAGAUCCUAGAAAAAAUUAUUCUAAAUUUGUGCCAAGUUUCAUCAAAAUCUGAGCGUUGCAUUUGGGGUUCUUCUUCUGUUACAAAAAACGUGCCAUUUUGCAUCCGGGAAGCAUCAAAAAUGCGGCAAAAUGCAAAAACUUCCUUUGAAGGGCUCCCUCACGAAAAGAGCGGGCAAAUCGGACUUUUUUCAGUUGGAGAGGGAAGCAUUUUGCCACAUUUUUGACAUUUCCCGGAUGGAAAAUGCUACGUUUCUUACCACUGGAUCAGGUCCCUCACUGUUAGAUUAGAAUUUUUCAAGACAUUUGUGAAGCCUUCUUUAAUUCUUUGUAAAAUUUUAUUCUCAGCUUGGCGACCGGCCCCAAAGCCUCUCUCAGCACCGAACCAGGCCGCCAUAUGUGUUGGCCACAAGCUAUUUUCCCCCUCCACUUCCAUCAGCGCCUUCCAGCCGGCACUGAAGUCCAAUUCCAAUAUAAAAUCGAGGACGAAAAACUUUUCAUCCAACCGAAAAACCUGGCCGAACCUCAAACACCGUUCGUCCGAGCGGACAUUGACUUUGACUUCAAGAGUUUAAAUAAUGUUGCCCUAAGGGCAUUCAUCGCAAGAUUUGUGGAAAAUUCAACGGAAUUGGUUGUAGAUGCGUCCAAUUUGGCAAUUGAGAGUUCGGAUGGGAAAAUUAUUUCGCGGCCGAAGUUUCCGGCUCUUCAGAAGUUUUUGAAGUGAGUUUUGGAGCGGUUUGAAUCAAUUUUUUGAAUUUGAAAAUUUAAAUUUUCCAAAUUUUUCGGUGAUUUUUGCAAAGAACGAACUACAAAUUUAUCCUUGGAGAAUUGUAACAUUAAUUUGAGCCAAAUUUAAGCGAAUUCUGAAAAAAAAAUUUGGAAUUUUUUUGUUACAGUAACCCAAAAUUUUUUUCUUCAUUCGGAUUAAAACCGGCUUUGAGGUGUCCUAGGAAGUUCUACAUUAAACUUGGGCCAAAUUUCUCAAAAUUUCAGAGACUUGUUUGGAAAUUUUUUGUUACAGUAACUCAAAAUUUUUGCCGUUUUUUUCAAAUUCCAAAAAAACUCUGGCCUCGAGGUGUCCUGGGAUUGUAAAAUUGGGCGUUUUAAUUUCCCAGGACACUUCAAGGUCUUAUUUUUUUUGGAAUAUGAAAGAAGGACAAAAAAUUUUGGGUUACUGUAACAAAAAAUUUCUAAUAAAGUCUCUGAAAUUUUGAGAAUUUGACCCAAAUUUAACGUUGAACUUCCUGGGACACCUCAAAGCCCGGUUUUAAUCCGAACGAAGAAAAAAUUUGGGUUACUGUAACAAAAAAAAUCCAAAAUUUUUUUUCAAAAUUCGCUUAAAUUUGGUUCAAAUUCAUGUUACAAUUCUCAAAGGAUAAAUUUUUAAUUCGUUCUUUGCAAAAAUCACCGAAAAAUUUGAAAAAUUUAAUUUUCAAAAUACCCUAAAAAAAUUUUCAGAAAAUCCGACCUCGAUCCACGCCAAGCCCGAUAUCUCCUCACUUGGCCGUUCUCACCCUGCGGCGCCUUCAAUUUGGAGGAUUACAUGGCCAAUGAAGAGACCUUGGUCCGCUUUAAUUACACCCUGUUCCCAUCCAAACUCCGAUUCAACGUCCAGCUGUUUUCGUCGACGGAACUGGCCCAUCAAUGUCAUUUGGUCCCGCAAAAAGAGAGAACUGAAGCGUAUUGUGGAGUGGAUUUGAAUUCAAUGGAAACUUUGAAUAUCCGAUACUUUGAAGAGGUGGUUUUAAGCCGAAUCGAGUGGACUCCGUGCAGUGAUCCAGUGAUGGCUUAUGAAAUUGACCUUAGAAAUGUGGGUUGAGGGGAUUUUGAAAUUUUUUGGCGGGAAAAUUUUGAUUUUUUUUUUUAUUUUCUUUUAUUUUUUUGAUAAAAAACAAAAAUAAAGAAUAUUUAUUUUUUUUAUUUUUUUUUGAUUUCAUUUUAUUUAUUUUUUGAUAAAAAACAAAAAUUAAAAAUUUUUAGUUUUUUUUAUUUUAUUUUUUUUUUUAUUCUUUUGAUAAAAAACAAAAAUUAAAAUUUUUUAAUUUUUUUUCUUUUAUUUUUUUUUGAUAAAAAACAAAAAUAAAGAAUUUUUUAUUUUUUUUAUUUUUUGACAACAAACAAAAAUUAAUUUUUUUUUUAUUUUUUUUUAUUUUGUUUAUUUUUUCUUUAUUUUUUUAAUUUUAUUUGUAUUUUUUUUCAUAAAAAAAUAAAAAUAGAUUUUUUUUUAUUUUUCCAACUAAUUUUCACCUUAUUUUAGCUCGCCGAAGUAAUUGUCCCCCGUCCCCAAACUCUCACAUUGACCCCACACCACAAUUCUCCAAAAUCGGAUGGAAUCCUCUUUUGGAUCGAAGUCCUAAGCCCAUCCGGCGACAUUUUCUCCUUCAAAGAGCAUUCCGGUGAAGUGAAAGCCUUCGUUUUCAGCAAGCCACACAAUGUGGAGCAGCAAUUGCAAGUGAAAGUGGAUUAUAUCAGUGGGCGUCUUCUUUUUACAGUCCCAGAACUGAAUGAGCCCGAAAAUGAGACUUUUUAUGAGAAAUUUAGGGAUAUUUCUGUUUAA